GGCGUGGUCAGGAAGAUGGGUGUGGCCAAACAGGCGGAGCUUGAGCACGCCUCGCAUUUUCUAGGGGCGGGUUCCGGUCUUACUUCCGGGGCGUGCCCUGUGCGGGGGCGGGGCUCCAGCCGAGUUCGCUGGCCCAGGGAGCUGGACCCCACUCGCGCCGGCAUGGAGGUGGCCGGCGUGGGCAGCUCGCUGCUCUCUGGGGCUUGCGUGUUCUUCACCCUCUGCAUGUUCUCCUCCAGCCUCUCGGACCUCAGGCAUAUAUGGAUGACCCAGAACGUGGACAGAGUACAGUUCCUGCCCUUUCUCGUCAUGGAUGUCAACACCCUGGGCUGGCUGAGUUAUGGGGCCUUGAAGGGAGACUGGACCAUCAUCAUCGUCAACGUGGUGGGCGCUGUGCUUCAGACCCUGUAUGUCUUGGUGUAUCUGCACUACAGCCCUCGGAAGGUAGGGGCCCGUCCUGCCCCGCUGGCAAUGCAAACAUCGUUUCCUAGAAACCCAACCAGCAUAGCCGCUUUCUGCUUUUCCUGCAGGAAGCAUUCCUCCACCAUCCCCACCCUGCGUACAGAGCUCCUAAAGACUGCAACCCUGCUGGGGGUCUUUCUUCUGGCUUUCAGCUAUUUUUGGCUCCUGGUGCCCAAGGAGGUGCAGCUUCAACAUCUGGGCCUCUUAUGCAGUUUCUGCACCAUCUGCAUGUACCUCUCACCCAUGGCUGAGCUGGCCAAGGUCAUUCAGACUAAAUCAACGCAGCGUCUCUCCUUGCCACUCACCAUUGCCUCCCUCUUCUCCUCUGCCUGCUGGACCCUCUAUGGGUUUCAACUUGGAGAUCCCUACAUCAUGAUGGGGAUUAUGGGCUUGAACCCAGGUCCUCAAGAAUGUAUGUUCUACUGGGUGAGCCAUCUCCUGUCCCGGUAAGCUCAUUUGUCUUUUCAGUGACUCUCAGACUGCCUGUUUUGUGGAAGGCAUAUAUGUACUGCUUAUCUGGGUAUUACUGAGUUGCUAGGGUUGGCUCAGAAAGUGUCUGAAAACUACAACAAAAUAGGAAAAAGUGCCUCCAGGAGCAGUGGAUUCGUAGUGCAGGCACCAAGCCCCAGUGAUAACCCUGGAGGCCCCCAAAUAUAAAAGACAUUCUCAUAUGCAAUAAGUUAGAAAAGAAGAACAGGGCUUGUGUAGACUUUAAAAAGCAGUGCAUUGGAAAGACGCAGUCUGAGAGGUGGCACAGUGGAUAAAUUGUUGGACUUUAAAGCAUCUUAAUGUCUUAAAUACAAUCCUCAACACCACAAGUGUCAAAGUGAUCUGCUGCUUUCUCUCUUACUAACUAAUAAGUAAGAGGAGGAGUAGGACCAGGACAAGUUAAAUGAUAUUUC